UUUAUGGCAAUAUAAUGAAAUAAAACCAAACGCAUUAUGUUAAAGCAGUGUCUUAUCAAUGUGGACUUUUCGCGGCUGCAUGCCAAGCAGCAAUCACGCCCCAAAUGUGGUGAGAUAUUCUACGAAAGCGAUAAUGAAUACUGCAGCUUCCAAUUGGUUUGUUGUCUGUGCGAAAUGAAACAUUUUGCAUUUGACGAUUUUUCAAUGCACAUACGAAAUGUGCACUUUGACAAAAAUGGCAAACCACGCACAACAACCCAACAGACAGUCAACACACAUCCUGAACAACAGCUGCAGUUCAUUAACUCAACUUCGCAGUCCGUGCUCGAAGGGAUUACCAAUAAUGACAAUGAAUUUCUGUCGGAUGAGGCUGAGUCUGAUGAGGACGCUGACAUUGCAGAUGCAUUGGACAAGACGGCAUUACGGAUCUGCGCAUUUAAUGAAGUCAAACCUGAGCCGGCACCGGCGAAAAUUGAGAGUGCGCACUUUGAGUGCAAUUCUCAAAGCGAAGAUGAACUGGACGCUGACUGCAGCACAACAGCUGGUCAAGAGUUUAGCGAUGCUGAAGCUGAUGACGCUGAAAGCGAUCUGGAAACUCAAUCCGUAUUUCAAAAGCAACGCCAGCUAAAGGAGUACAAUUGUGAAUAUUGUGCGGGAAAGUACACAACUAUCAAAUACCUAAAUAUUCACCUCAAGAUGAGUCAUCCACAUCCCAAGGGCUUCAAGUGCAAUGAUUGUGAUGCCACAUUUGAUGUGGAUCGCGCCUUGGAGUCGCAUCGACGCAAGGUACAUACGGAAUUCACCUGUAAAUUGUGCGACAAGAUCUACAAAAGCUCACGGACACUAUUGCGACAUGUCCAGGGACACUCGGGAUUGCGACAGUUCAAAUGUGAUUACGAUAACUGUGGCAAAUCCUUUGUUAGCCAGCACAAUCUCACCUCGCAUCGACGUGUUCACAGCACGGAUCGGAAUUACGUAUGUGAAUUGUGUGGUUAUCGUUCACGAUAUAGGGAUGCAUUGAUUGUCCAUCGUCGCACACAUACGGGCGAGAAGCCUUUCAAGUGUGACACCUGUGCACGUUGCUUUGCCUCCAAAUCCCUGCUGAACGAGCAUCAGGCCAUGCACUCCACCGACCGACCAUACAAAUGUGAUAAAUGCGAGGCAACCUUCUCCCGUCCCAAGGCUCUCUAUCAUCACAAGCAUCUGCACCUGGGCAUCAAGAAGUUCAAGUGCAAGAUCUGCGGUAAUGCCUAUGCCCAGGCAGCGGGUCUAUCCGCCCAUAUGCGGAAUCACAAAUCUCAGGCGGUCAAUGGUAUCGCUGAGGGCGGAACUACGAGCACAACAAUGUGUCCUCCUUAUUAGCUAUCCAGUUGGAUACCCAAGGACCUGGCUACCUGUUCAUCAUUUCAUUUUAACAAAUGUAUUAAUGCAUCUUACCAGAAAUAAGAAUAUGCAAUUAUCAUAAGUUUUUCAACAAUUUUUUUUUAUUUUUAAAAAAUGUACUUUUUUUU